AUUGGUCUUGACUUUAGCAUUUUUCUGCAUUGUUAGGGUGUCUCAGAGUAGUUUGUUUGCUUAGCAAAGGCCAAAUGCCAGAAACAAGAACAUUUAGUGUUUAUUUUUAUAUUCGCGGCAUAGCAAAUUAUGCCAUCAUUUAAGAGAACAACACCAUCAUUGCAUUGUAAAUCAUGUCACUAAAGCUUCUGUAAGGUUCUUACCGUAAAACUGCCACAAAUAUGCCUGGCCCUAUUGGAUUGAAUGUUUCUCUAUGCACCUGCAUGAAAAAACAACACACAUACAUGAUUUGAUUGCAAGCUAGUCAACGCCAUCAUGGGCCUUUGUUCUUUCUGCUCGCAGUCUCUCUGCAAACGUCAUUCCAGAAGAUCCCCUUCUCCCCUUACACCCCUCCUUCAUUUUUUCUCCACCUCUCCUUUCUGCCUGUUCCUCACUCUCUCUCCUCAAAUCUGUUUGUCUUCUUUGGCUGCAGCAGCUGGUUGCAGUCUUGGGCCAGAGUCUCAUCCCCGCGUCCCCCUCCCCCCGACGAGUACAGGCAAAGACAAAAGGCCAGGGCUGCUUGUCGGAACACUGCCCCCUUCCUCCCUGCGCUGCCAUGUGCAUCUGCAGAGGAGAGAGUGACCUAUAGAACGGGAACCAGCAGGCUCCUAGUGAAGGGGAAAAAAAUCACACUCAUACAGAAUAGGGCCUGGCUGGACUGACGUGUUGCAUAAGCCUUUCCAUGAAGAUUACCGGUAGUAGGGCCAAGGCGAAGCGGGAGACCGAAGACGGUUGCCCAGGGCUGGAAGAUUAGGGGACGAGCAUCUGAUUUUAAUUGAGAAAGAGCCGUGAUUCUUACCGGUUUUCGGGGGAAAGGCAAGAGGAGGAAGCAGGGACACUGGCUAGAAGAGAGGAACAGGGACCAUGGAGAGUGUGAGAGUGAGGGAGAGAGAGAGAGGGAGAGGGGAGGCAGAGAAGGAAGUAGAAACAGUCCAGUGCUGCAGAAUGGGGUAAAACCGAGAGGCACAAUCAAAAAGAGGUGUUUAGCUCAUUAUCGUAAGACCAUGGGCGACAUGAAAACCCCAGACUUUGAUGAUCUGCUUGCGGCCUUUGACAUUCCUGAUAUGGUUGAUCCCAAGGCUGCCAUUGAGUCCGGCCAUGAUGAUCAUGAGGGACAACUCAAACACAAUACCCACCAUGAAGAGGACUCACAUGUCUCCUCUGGUCCAGAUGUUGGGGUUAGUGUUAUUGUUAAGAAUGUCCGGAAUUUUGAUUCCACUGAACAUAUCUCAGAGAAGAAUGUUCAUCCCACUGUCGGAAAUGGCCUGCACAAUGGUUUCUUGCCUGUGUCACCCAAAAACAGAUACAACAAAGAAAAUGACAAGCUUCAAAAAGGUGAAAUCCAUGGGAAGGCAGGAAAUAUCUCCACAUUUAACCAGUUCAGUCCCAUCUCUAGUGCCGAAGAAUUUGAUGAUGAUGACAAAAUUGAAGUAGAUGACCCUGCUGACAAACAAGGUAAUUUACAGUUCAGACCAAACCCUCUAACCGGUCUGAGUGCAAAGACGGAAGCGCCUCGUUCUCAACACACCAAACCAGAUGGUCCAACUAGGCCAAGAAAAAAUGGCAAUUACAAUCAUUUGAAAAUUGAGAAUAGUAGCGCAAAUGGGACAGUGGGACACUCAAACCUUCAUGAAUCUCAAAAACCAAGAAAAACUGAGGAACACUCCAAAGAAAGAUGCCAAGAAGCAAAAGAGAUUGGAGAACCAGUCGUUGAGUUGAAUGUUACUAACCUCUCCCAAGCCAAGUCCAAAUCAUCUGCAAAGCUCUCAUCUUGCAUUGCUGCAAUUGCAGCACUUAGUGCAAAGAAAGCUAGCACAGAAGCAAUGUCUCCAGAAUCCCUAGCCACACCUCGAGAUUCACCCAGAGAGGCUAAAGAGAUUCCAAAGUUUACGGAUAAAUCACCAGAGCAGGAGUCAGCUCUGGAGCUGGGCAAGAAGGUGCUCUCAAAACAACCUGAGAGUCCUUGCAGUGUUACCAGUGAAAGCAGCAGCAAAGAAUCUCCUACAUCUCCAGCAGGAUCUAUACCAGUCAUUCCCAAAGUCCGCAUUAAAACGAUCAAGACAUCUUCAGGGCAGAUCAAGAGGACAGUUACCAGAGUCCUGCCCGAUUUUGAUCCUGAAGUCUUAAAGAAAGGUAUCGAUUCAUCACCCAAUGUUGUCUCUUCUUUGCUGUCCUCUUCAGCCUCGCCUUCUGUUUUCUCAUCUCACACAAGAACUUUGCCGACCACUGUAGUAGCAACUUCUGGAGGCUCUGCCAUUGAGGUAACUAAACAAAUGACCAUCAAGCCCGUGGCCACUGCCUUCUUACCUGUCUCAGCCGUUAAGACAGCAGGCUCCCAAGUGAUUAACCUGAAACUUGCCAACAAUACGACUGUAAAGGCCACUGUCAUACCAGCGGCAUCUGUUCAGAGUGCCAGCAGUGCCAUCCUUAAAGCUGCUAAUGCCAUUCAGCAACAAACUGUCAUGGUGCCUGCUUCCAGCCUAACAAAUACCAAACUUGUGCCAAAGACUGUCCAUCUAACCAACUUAAAUCUCUUGCCUCAGAAUGCAUCAGCGGCCGAGCUCCACCAGGUCCUGACCAAGCCCCAACAAUCCAUCAAGCAAGCUAUGUUGGCCCAACAACAACAGAAGAAAGUGUCUCGGGUCCAGGUCCUAACCAACUCUCAGAGCUCAGUGGUAGAAGCCUUCAAUAAAGUUUUGAGUAGCAUUAACCCUGUGCCAGUUUAUGUACCCAAUCUCAGCCCUCCAAUUUCUGCCUGUAUAUCUUUGCCAUCCCGUGGGUACAAAUGCUUGGAAUGUGGUGAUUCCUUUGCCCUGGAAAAAAGCCUCACUCAGCAUUAUGACCGUAGAAGUGUCCGCAUUGAGGUCACUUGCAAUCACUGCGCCAAAAACCUAGUCUUCUACAACAAGUGCAGCCUUCUUUCACAUGCUAGGGGCCACAAAGACAAAGGGGUUGUCAUGCAGUGUUCUCAUCUCAUCUUAAAGCCAAUUCCCGCUGACCAGAUAAUCCUUGCGCCAUCAGUAAGCUCCAGCGCUCCCACCUCUUCAGCUAACAUUGGAUCCUCCGUAGUGGGGAGUCCAGGGAAAGGAAACCCAAACACAGUUAUCUCUGCACCCUCUUCGGCUCCUGUUGUGGCUGCCAUGCCUCUAGAUAAGGAUGCCCCCCAGGUCUGCAGAUCGAAUCUAAAGUGUUUGGAAUGUAAUGAGACAUUUCAGGAAGAGUCAUCUCUUGCAAUGCACUACCAGCAGGCUCCCGAAUCCAGUGGACAGAAAACCUGCACCAUUUGCCAAAUGCUACUGCCAAACCAGUGUAGCUUUGCUUCCCAUCAGCGGAUCCAUCAGCACAAGUCUCCAUAUAUCUGCCCUGAAUGUGGAGCUAUCUGUCGGUCUGUCCAUUUUCAGUCUCAUGUGACCAAGAAUUGCCUGCACUACACACGCCGAGUGGGCUACCGCUGUGUUCACUGUAGUGUCAUCUUCACUGACGUUGCUGCUCUCAAGUCACACAUUCAGGGAUCCCACUGUGAAAUCUUCUACAAAUGCCCAAUCUGCCCCAUGGCUUUUAAAUCGGCCCCCGGUACACAUUCCCAUGCCUACACCCAGCAUCCCGGAGUUAAAAUUGGAGAGCCUAAGCUGAUCUACAAGUGUUCCAUGUGUGACACCGUUUUUACCCAGCAGACCUUGCUCUACACGCACUUUGACCAGCACAUAUCCAGUCAGAAAGUGUCUGUCUUCAAGUGUCCGGACUGUUCGAUGCACUACGCCCAAAAACAGCUCAUGUUGGAUCAUAUUAAAUCCAUGCACGGCAUCUUAAAGACCAUCGAGGGCCCUCCAAACCUGGGCAUCAAUCUCCCUCUCAGCUCCAAACCUACUAAUUCCAUAAGCCCGAAUAACAACAACAAAGAGGGCGUCUCUAUCAGCAGCCUCGAGAAAGGAGAGAGGAAGCCAACAUCCCCACCAAAAAAGAAUAGCAAUGGGACAGAACUUCCCAAAAAAGCCCCGUUGUCCAUCUCCUGCCCUGGCUGGACCUGCAGGGAAUGUGACCGCUUGUUUACACAGAGAGAAGUCUUUAUCUCUCACAUGAAAAGAGAGCAUGGGAAGCAACUGAAAAAGCAUCCAUGUCGACAGUGUGACAAGUCCUUCAGUUCCUCUCACAGUUUAUGUAGACACAACCGAAUCAAACACAAGGGCCUACGGAAAGUCUACUCAUGUCCUCACUGCCCAGAACCCAGUCGUACUUUCACCAAAAGACUGCUGCUAGAGAAACACAUUCAGAUGACACAUGGCAUCAAUGACACAGAAGCCAAGCUUCCGGCAGAUUCCAGCAGUGCAGAAGCCACCCCAGACCAAGAGCAGGUCCCCAGUCCUAAACGAAAGCUCCACUCCGAAGAUGAGGAUGCUGAGAGGGAAGAGGAAGUGGAGGAGGCCGGAGGAGAGGUGACUUCUACUCAGCGGUCCAAGAGCUCAUCCUCACAGCCUUUAAAGAAGCUAAAGAUCAACGUCUUCAAGACACAUAAAUGUGCAGUGUGUAGCUUCACCACCGAAAACAUCGUGCAUUUCCACGAGCACAUUCCCCAGCACAAGACCAACGUCUCGUCCUACCAGUGCCGUGAAUGUGGCCUGUGCUACACUUCGCACAACUCCCUCGCCCGACACCUGUUCAUCGUGCACAAGCUGAAGGAGCCCCAAGGGCUCGGGCGGCACAACGAGCAACAAGAAAACAUGCCCAACCCAGACGCCAACGACGGUAUCCCGGAUACUCAAUGUAAAGUAUGUUCAAAAACAUUUGAAACGGAUGGAGCCUUAAACACACACAUGCGGACACACGGAAUGGCCUUCAUUAAGUCCAAACGGCUGAGUGCAGCUGAGAAGUAAGAGCAAGGUAGUGCCCCCUAGAGGAUGGAUGUUGGUUUGCAAGGAAUUAUUUAUUUGUAUGUUGUACGUAAAGAAGCGUUUGACAUCGUAUUCCUUCACUCUGUCCUCUUUGUAUGCUCAUUAGUUGUGCAUACGUAUACAUAUAUAUAUAUAUAAAUAUACAUAUAUACAAAAUUUAUAAAUCUAUACACACAGAAUGUGUGUUUAAAGAUGUGUAAUAUAUUAAAAACUGAUUUAUGUGUAUUUAAUUAUCUAUGAGAACACAUUUUGUAUACUUUAUGAUAGAUGUUUGUAUGCGUGUUGGAUAGACCUUUUUUUAUAGAUUCUUUUUAUUUUCUAUUUUAGACAGUUCUCGUUGUUUUCUCGUGGGAGCAGAUGCUGUCCAAAUGGCUGUCUCAGUCUUGGGAUGCUUUCGGUCCCAGUUUCUGAAAUGCUGCUAAAAAAAAUAGUGCACAGAAUGUCACCGUUACACUUCUCAGUGAGACAUUUUGCACACAAAAAGGACAAUCAGUCCGCAACCUACAACACAAGCAAGAAUAACGUCUCCUAAAGCAGCUGAAAAUGGCGUUUGACUGAAGAUUUGGUUGUUGAAUUGAGCCUGAAAGCUUUUUAUGGUGCAUUUCUGUUUUGUGAAUUAGUCGUCCAUUUAAAACUACUAUGAUUUAGCACUACGGAAGAACAAGACCUGAAAGUAGGUCUUUAUAUAUCUCAGCCACUGCCAAGAGGUCGUGUUGAAUCAAUAUGUGCUUUUUAACUUAAAGUGUCAUCACAGCCGGACGAUUCUCCUCACUUCAUUUCUUCUCAGGCAGCUUGUUCCAAUCAUAACUUGUUUGUUUGAUUGCAUUUGUGUUUUGGAUUAUUACCACACUACAGUGUUUCAACCUUGGCCUGUUAUCAAGAAACACAUUUCGGAUUCAUACACAUUUAAUUUUGAGGUACUUUGGGAAGCUUUCAUUUGUCAUUUGAAUCCAAAACCACUUUGCCCUGCAGAUACUGUAUGUGAAAGUACAAAUGAAAUAUGUCAAUUUAGCCUGUUUUAUUUAAAACCAAAGUUCCUUCCUCACAUAUGAACUCCAAAGCAGGACGCUCCACUCAUAGUUGCGUGUUUUUGAACUCAGUAACUCAUAAGUGCUGGUAUACUAAAGUGUGGUCAAGUGACUCCGGUGCUCGAAAGCCAAACGCUGAUUUGUCAUCAACCCAAUGCGUAUGUUUUUUUUUAGUUUGUUUAUUAAGAGCAGCAUGUUAUGGAAAAUCUCAAGAUUGGUGUUCCACUGACUCACAUGCUAGGUGUGAAAAGUGGAAAAAAGAGCUGCCUUCACUAUAAAUGAAUGUUUUGGUCAAAAUGUGAAACGAGCUGUAAAAUUUGUUUGCAUUUUCUCCCUCUCUUACCCAUUGAUUUAAGUGUUUCACUUCAUGAGGAGCUCAGUACUAGUUCUGGAUUUUCAUUUGUCCUGGAAAUUCAGUAUUUUUGUUCUUUUUAUUUAUUAAAUUUUUUUUGGAUAAAUGAGUACUAUUGAGGAUGCAUACAGUAUGUGCAUGAGAGAAGCCAUUCACGGUGGUUGUUCUGUUUUAUAGAAUGUCUUGCUGAUGUUCGGUAGACUUUGUUCUAUGUUUGUGCAAAAAACAUUAUCAUUAAUAAAUGAUACAUACACAAAUAUC